AUGGUUCCUACCAUUUGCGUUUGCGUUGAUGGAGACAGUUGCGCCGAGGUGAUUGAUUUUCUCGAAAAGAAGCUUUCGGGGAGUGUCUCCGCAAUCGUGAGCGGCACCGAUGCGAGCCGCUUUGCAGCAGUGAAGGCAGACAACGAUGGCAUUGUCUUGAUUAUUUUGGGGCGCUCCGCCCACGCAGUUAUCAAGGAUCUCUGUGAUGACUACGGCAAAGAAACGCGUCGCGUGAAGCUGAUCUACAGCAUAUCGGCGGGAGUCGACGCGUACAGGCUCUCGGAGCUGCAGCAGGAGCUCUCUGGCAUCCUGUUCUGCAACGCCCAGGGUUGCUCCUCCAAUAUUCUUGCAGAGUACGUUGCCUUCAGCAUGCUGUACUUCAAUCGCUCCCCAUGGCGCCUGGUUGCCUCGAAGAAUGAGAAGAAGUGGAACCGCUUCAACUGCAUUGAGCUCCGCCGACAGAAGAUGGUGAUCAUCGGCUACGGUGACAUCGGUCAAGCCUGUGGCGAGAAGGCCACCGCGCUGGGCAUGGAGGUGACCGGCAUCCGUCGCAGCGGCGACAACAAGGCGGACAGGUUUGGCGUCAUGGUGCGCGGCAAUGACGCGCUUGACGAGUCGAUCCGCGAGGCUGACUUUGUGGUGGGUGUGCUGCCCGGCACGCACGACACGAAGCACUUCUUCAACAAGGAGUUCUUUGCAAAGAUGAAGCCGAGCGCCGUCUUCAUCAACAUCGGCCGAGGCAUGUCCCAGUGCGAAGCCGACGUCGCCGAGGCCCUCAACAAAGGCAUCAUCCGCGGUGCUGCUCUCGAUGUGUUCGAGGUGGAGCCGCUGCCAAAGGACUCACUGUUGUGGGAAGUCCCUGACUGCAAGCUGCUGAUAACGCCUCACUGUGGAAACUUGACGGAGAACGUGAUAGAGCGCACCAUGGAGAUUUUCAUGGACAUUUUUGAGGAGUUCUUCACCCACGGCAGGAUUUCCGCUCACACUGUGUGUCUGAAGAGGGGUUACUAA